GGGGAGGGGGCUUUGGGGUCUCAGGGCACUGUGGGGUUGGUGGCAUUGGGGACACAAGGGCACAGUGGGGUUGGUGCCCAUUGGGAGCACAGGGCACUGUGGGUUGGGGGCUUUGGGGGGCACAGGGUACAAUAGGGUACAAUAGGGUUGGUGGCAUUGGGGUCUCAGGGCACCGUGGGGUUGGUGGCACUGGGGUCUCCCACACUCCGUGCCUUUCAGGGCUCUGCCAGCUCCUCAUUGUCCCCAUGGGCAUCGCGGAGACGCUCAAAUGGCAGCUGACGUGCGGGCUGGCGGGGGGGAUGGCGUUAGGGUGGGCCGUGUCCCCCCACAUCCGCUGCGCCAGCCUGCUGGUGGUGCCCAAAUUCCUGGGCAAGGAGGGCCGCAUCUUCGUCCUCUCCCUCGUCAUCGCCGCCAUCUUCAGUGGCCCCGUGGCCAACCUGUGGCACAACCUGGAGGAGGUGAUCCGCUCUGCGGGGUGCGUGAUGGAGCUGCAGGUCAACCACAGCCGCCAUCUGUGGAGGGUGACCACGGUGCCACUGAGAGCUGUGAUGGAGGACAUGGUGCGAAGCGGGCAGACUCUGAACGAGGAGACCCAGAGCGUGGGGCGUUCAUUUGUGGGGCUGAACGAGGAGGUGGCCAGCAAGGAGGGCUACGACCUGCGCCACAGCCCCGGCUCCGAGCCCUCCAGCACCCAGAAACUGUAUGAGACCAAAACCAAACUGCGCUGCAACCAGGUGGUGCAGGACGCGACGCAGCGGUGCCGGGAUUGGUUUGACCAGAAGUACCAGGCUUGCAUAGCGCAGAUCGUCGUGCCCAUCAUCAGCCACCUCCUCUGCCUGCCCAUGAGGUUCACCUUCCUCUGCCACAUCGCCAAAGUGAUGCGCAGUUGGUGCUGGGACCGAAUCCCGGUGGAGGGCAAUUUUGGGCGGACUUACGAUACGGUGAACGGUUCCGUCCACAACCUCACCCAACACUUCAGCGCCACGCUGAUCGUCAAGGAGGAAAAACAUGAGAGCCUGGUGGGCAUCGACGCGUCGGCGGAGCAAAUCGUGGAGGAGGUGACGGCGCACGUCCAGCAGCACAGCGCACGGCUGCACCGCGCCUUCUCCUUCCUCCGCCUGCUGCUCUCCUUCACCUUCCUCCUCGUCUUCAUCUCGGCGUUCUCCUACACCAGGCAGUACAACGCGGACAUCACCUUCGACAACCUCUACAUCACCACCUACUUCCGUCAAAUCGACGCCCGUCGCAAAAAACAAAACAAAAGGACGCUGCUGCCGCUGCGCCGCGCGGAGACCCCGGCCGUCAUCUUCCCGUGCCGCAUCGCCAUGCAGCCCCGCGAACUGCAGAGCGUGGUGCUGGAGGUGUUGGAGUGCAUCCCACCUUUGCUGCUGCUUUUGGUCGCCUGCGGUUUGGACCACGCGUUGUGCAGCGCGCUGGGCGUCAUCCGACAGCAUUCCUUCGUGCAGUAUUCGUUCCGAAGCAGCCACCAUCUGUCCGUGCACGUGAUGGGGACGUCGCUGAUGGCUCGGCUGCUGCGGAGCACCGUGGGGUCCCUGAACAGCUCCUCUGAUACGGAAUUGGAGACGUCCAAUUUUG